UUUUCUGUAUUUGUGAUCUCAGAAAGCGAUUACAUAUAAUAGGAAACAAUAGACAAUUUAAGUAAGACUUUUGAUUCAAUACACCCCCCCGCUCCUCUUACCAAAAACACAAGGAUAAUCUUUACUUUUGAUGUCGGCGGGGAGACAUUCGCCGCGCAUCGGUGCAUACUCGCCCAUCAUCGGUCUUCAAGGUAGAGCUGCUCGGCCCAAUGAGGGAGAAGACAGCAGCCAACGUUCAGAUUGACGACAUGGAAGCCAAAGUGUUCAAAGCUCUGCUCCACUUCAUCUACACCGACUCGCUGCUUGAGAUGGAAGAAGAGGACAUCUCCGUGAUGGCUCAGCAUUUGCUUGUUGCAGCAGACAGGUACAACUUGGAGAGGCUCAAGUUGCUAUGCGAAGAAAAGCUGUGCAGUCUCAUCAACACAAGCACAGCAGCGACUACGUUGGCGCUGGCUGAACAGCAUGGCUGGGGCACGCUAAAUAAGUCUUGCUUCAUGUUCCUCGCUUCUCUUGGCAACCUAAAGGCAGUCAUGGCCAGCGAAGGCUUUCAGCACCUAGAUUAGGGACAGUUGCCCCUCUAUUCUAGAGGAGCUGGUGGCUAAUCUUGCACCA